UUAGCUCCCGUGGCUCCUUGCAGCUCAGGCCUGGUAGGUGGGUUGUAUAUAUGGUAGCUCUCCCGAAUUGCUGUUUGUCGUGCAAUUAGUUGUUCGGGGUAUUAUGAUAAUCGAUCGGAAUUGGGCAUGGAAUGAAAUGUCAGUUGCAGACACCUACAGCUUGGGAGCCAUCGUGGGAUCCCGUGAUCUUAUGGGUACACGACGGCGUUCCGAUUCAAGCAUCAAACGCCAGUGACGCGUAGAUGAAAACACCGGCGACACCGAAGAUAGCCAUUCUCACAUGCUAUGAUAUACAGCUCCGGACUGACCCUAUUUCUGUGUGAAUUGCCAGUCUAAAGGCAAAUUGGCUCAGCGAGCGUCUUUGCACUGUUCGAUAUUGGCGGCACUGUUCAACUCAAAUACUCUUCCGCAUCAUCCACAGGAUCAUGAGAUGUUCUAUAUGUAUCUCUCACCACAUCCUGACUCAUUCCAGGUUGGAUUACGAUACCUUACCAAAAAUGGUGCCAUCUGGAUGUUCUUCACUUCACGAUGCUCUCAUCGCCCUCUUCGUGGCCACAAGGUGGCUUCCCAAAAAGGAAUCCGACGGUUGAUUAAAACUUAAGUGGGGCUGCACUCUUGUCUCCACAUCUACAGCUCGCGACGCCCCCAGAUCCCGACUGCGACUGGUCCCUCUCCACCCGAAGCUUACCGUUGUUGUCUUCCACUUUUUCAUCGAUGCUUCGGCGCUGCCAAUCGCGAUAAAAUCAUUCUGGUGAAUCGUCUCUCUCACCCGAAUCCGUUACCCGUGAGAAGCAGCUGCCAAAGUGUGGCCGUUGGUUAGGUUACCCCCUCGGCGCGAGUGGCGGGCCACCCGACCGAAAUUCCUCGCACCAGCCGCAAAACUCAACGAUCCACCCAAGAGGGCAUCUUUCUGUCUUUUUCAUUACCCGUUACCCAUUACUCGCUCUUUGUCCUCCCAUUCUCGACGUGAACACAGGAAACCAAACUGGACUCUGUUGCCUCAGAUCCCGCUCGAGUCCCGACUGCUUGUGGCAUCUGGGCCACGGCUCACCGGAGGUCCCCGGCCUUUUACCAACCGCCGCGGAACGCCCCUGAGCGCAUCCCAAAUUCUGAAGCUUUGCAUAUAACUCACACACCAAACCGCAAUUCCAUGAUUGGGGCCCGGCGCUGAGUUUGUUCUUAUCGAGCCUUCUGCACUUUUCUUCUAGGUGUGCGGGGAUUUGACGUGGGACAUAACUCAUUCACCCAGUCAUCCCACCAUCACUCAGUCCUCCUCCCUCUUGAACACUUAUCGCCGAACUUCACCACCUCUCCUUCGCGCAUCUUCACCGUAUCUUUCCGCAAUAAAGUCUACCGUCGCCGUCGUCAUGGACAUCUUUGAUACAGAAAAUUUCGUGCCGCCCUUUGAGCUGCGCGAUAAUGAAGAGCAGGUGGAAGCGUGGUACAACAACCCUGCGCGGCAAGAGAACAGGCGACUUGCUGAAGAAAACCUGCGUCUCAAGAAGCUUCUUCGGGAGAAUGGCAUCUCGUGGGACCGUCGACUGACGUUAGAUCUCAACGACCCAACAGGCUCUCGCGGCACCUGGGCCGACUCAAAGACGGCGCGCCGCUCCUCCCGCAGUGGGAGGUCUGACCAGCGAUUGCCAAGCCUACCGGUCGAGAUCAUUCUGUACAUUCUUGAGUACUCACUCACAAGCAGCCAACCCAUUAUCGACCCACUGUCCAAGCUCAACCCCCAUGUUCUCCUCCCCGAAGAGAAGAAGAUGUCUAAGGCCCAGAUCGCCAUCAACUUUCUUGCCACGUGCAGAGCCUAUCACGAUGAAGGAGAGCGUUUUCUGUGGAGAAACAACACUUUUGUCUUUACCGAUUGCCUUGCCCUCCAGAAUUUCCGAAACCUUGGGCUCGAGCACCGCAAGCAGAUAACGCACAUCACGAUGCGGAUCACUGCUAGGUACUACGACGAAGACUUCGAACGCGAGCAUAGGGCGCCCUACCCGACGUCAAACCCGACACGGAAUCCCCUCCGACUUCGAGUAAUCCCUCGUGUUUAUGACAAUACCCUUGCCCGACGAGGAUUCCGCAGCUACACAUGGCUUCAGGUUGUCGACUUCCUUACCGUUCUGCGACCACCCUUCGAUCCUGAUCAUGACACCACCCAGCCGCGCCCUCGUCUGCUCCCCGCACUCGAGUCGCUGAGGAUCGAUUUGGUCAACUUUCCUUCCGACUUCCUCACCGCGCCCUCUCCAGUUGAGAUGCACGCCUUGACAGGCCACGACCUCUCCAUGAGCCUGAAGGAGCUCCAGCUAACUGGCAUCCCCGAGUGUCAAUGGGGUUCAGAUAUGGCAAGUCAUCUUGUCAGGAUGGUCAGAGACGACGGAUUAUUUCUCAAGUCGGACUCUACCUAUGUCUCAUCCAACAGGGUGCGGAAACAGUCGGACGGCGACUGGGAGCCCAGAGCUGUCCGGGCUUGGAAGGUCCUGGCUGAGGAGUACCUGCAGAGCAAGAAGAAGACCAACGGAUCUUCUCUCCCCUUGGGCGGUGGUCACCACGGCCAUCACUCGCACCACGGGACGGUCAAAAUACCAGCUGUGCCCGCGGAAGAAGGGCAACCGGAGACGACGUGGCAAAACCGACGGACCCUGUGGAAGCGCGUGCCGGUGAGCAGGGAUAGCGAGGAGCGAGUCUGGGCUGAGUUUGACCGCACCACUGGCACCAUAAUCCUCCCGGAAGAGUAUGAGAAUCCAGACAUGGAUACAUACGACCCUGAGGAGCUCGUCUGCCACCAUUGUCAGAUGAUGCACUCCCCUUAUGACGACGACUAUUGAUGAAGGAGGAAUUCUUUGGUUUCAUCACUGUAUUAUUUUACUUUUCUGUUUCCCCUCCGAUUUGGGAACGACAUACGACAUACUAAUAUUGCCUUGGUGGCUGGAGAGAAACGACUGAGUCGUGUAGGAUUCGAGCAACGAGGAAGCUGGGAAGGCUCUGUACAGCUUUCAUCGAGUUUAGCAAAGUGUCGGGUCACAGCAGAGGCUUACAUUAUAUCCUGUUUUGCCUUUAUGUUUUGGUGUGUGUACAGGUAGGUAUGGGGUCAAACAAAGCCUAUGAUAAAGGGCGGUGCCUGACAAGUUUGAUGUUGUUGAUACCCCAUAGAUUGAUGACUAGGUAUUUGCUGGCUUGCAUUUAUUAUGACUCAGGUGGUGUUGUACUUAGUUAUUCUUUUCGUUUGCAAUAUAUUGGGGUAGCGAUGACUGCUAUAUCGUUAGCAAGAAUGGA